UAUCGUGUCAUUCGAAGAUUUCACAAUGGCGUCGUCCGUUGAUUCUAUGCUUGUGCUGUUUUAAAACUUGGAAGGGGUGGUUAGAACAACCCUUCCUAGGUUUAAAACACGAUCCAUUUUACUGCUGGAUUAUCAAGUUUGAAUCCAAACAAGUUCUAAUAACGAAUGUUCGCUUUGCUGAUUCUGAAGAAUCAAUUGAUCUUCGUAGUUAUAUCGGAUAAAAACAGAAGGAACGACUAAAACAGAGGGCUAGAUUAAUACUUUCAUACUUCAACCAGCCAGCUGUGGGGUUGGUGACUCAACCCGUUACAAAAUAUAAUAACUGUGGCUAAUGUUGGCUUGAUCUAGAUCUACUUUCAUUAACUAGGUUUAUUAUAUACAAGUACUGCACAAAAAUGAGGCAAUAGUGAAUAGAAUCAUCGACCGGACUGCGAAUCAAAACAGUCUGAUAGUGACCUUAUUUUGGACAGUUUCUUACUGUGUGAUUUCAUCAUUAUUCAUUUUUGGACGUAGUCUAUUAAAUUGCGACGUUCAAUGCAGAGCUAUUUCAGAUGGUUGUGACACACUAGUGUUGAUCAUCGACGUCAUGUUAAGUUAGUUGAUUCAAAUGUGUUAGAUUUUAAUAUUAUAAAUACACUUUUAAAAUGGAUGCUGAUUUUAUGAAACAAUUUGUAGAUCUUAUCUAGGUCUAUAAUUAUCUAUAUUAUUUAUAUUUAUAGAUACAAUACUGACUAGAGUGUAAAGUGACAAGUGUAGGUAGAUCUCUAGUCUAACUCAAGAUCUAAGAUACAGUUCUAGUACUUCUAGAUUCUUUUUGAUUGUGUAUUUUAUUAAUUCACCAUUGGAUUAUUAUUAUAGCUACAUUUUUAGGACAUAUUCAUAUAUUGUUUUGUACUAGAUCUAGACCUUUUAUGUUUUAAGCUUAUUUGAGUUUGUUGCUGACAUCAUUGUUAAAUACCAAAAUGGCACAACACAUAUGCAAUCAAGGAGCUUUCAUAAUGAAAAAGACUCUUGAAAAAAACAGUAUUGUUUUUAAACUUGAACUUCAAGUUGCUGUGAACAUUUGAUUUUACUCAGAGACUUUGGACUACCACUCAUCAUGGCCAUAAUGCCUUUGCCACCUAGAUCUAAGUCCUCACCUUUCAGGUCAGGUACUCACAUCUGAGAGGGGACUUACCAAAAAAAUUUGUUCUCAGGGCAGCAUUUAUAUUCUAUAAUAUUUUGAUUAGGUGCUAUUCAAGUGGAUUUCCUUGUGUAUAUUAUAUUUGUAUAUAUAUAUUAUCUGUGAUCUCCAGACCAGUAUAUUUCACAUCGUCCAGUUGUGUGAUAGCUUGUCCAGUUUUUCCCAACACACCAUUCCCUAGUUGGUUCUAUGAACCGUCAGCGCUCAAGGCCACGACUUCAGAUUAGUCAUGGGCCCAAAAAGAAAGUGGAAUAUGAACAACCACCAGACUUAGGAAAUUUAUCCCCCGAUUUACAGCCAUGCUCCCCUCCUACAUUCUUUACCCAGGAAGAUGGAAUCUCACAGAAUCCAUUUUACCAGAUUGGAAAAUAUAUUGUUCGCCAGACCAACCCAUCCAACGAAUGCUGCACAGCAGUUGAUAGAAUAAAUGGUACAGAAUUUACUUGUAAGGUGUUGCCUUUAGGAGUCUACAGAGAGAAGCUAGCUCCAUAUUUUGCCACAGAUGGCCAUGAAAACAUUGUCAAUAUAUGUGAAAUUAUCCUUGGAGAAACUUCAGCGUAUGUCUUCUUUGAACGAGGCUUUGGUGACCUCCACUCAUAUGUACGUGAGAAAAAGAAGCUCAAGCAGGCAGAAGCUCGUAAUCUUGCUCGGCAAGUUGUUGCUGCGGUAAACCAUUGUCAUGAGAAUGGGGUCAUUUUGCGAGACCUUAAGCUGAGAAAGUUUGUUUUUAAAGAUGCAGAAAGGACAGUGCUUGCUCUUGAUGGCCUUGAUGAUGCCAUCGUACUUGACGAUGAAACUGCUUCUGACACCUUGACGGACAAACAUGGGUGCCCUGCCUAUGUUAGUCCUGAGAUCCUGUCCACUCGCCACGGCUACUCAGGCAAGUGUGCCGACCUUUGGAGCCUGGGCGUCAUGAUAUACACCAUGCUUGUUGGCAGAUACCCCUUCCAUGAUCGGGAACCCAUUGCUUUGUUUAGCAAAAUUCGCAGGGGAACCUACAAGAUUCCUGACUCCGUUCCAGCACGUGCUAAGUGCCUAGUGCGCAACCUGCUUCGACGUGAACCAAGUGAACGCCUCAGUGCUGCCGAGGCAUUGGACCACCCUUGGUUCACUAGACCUAUAAUGGUGGAGCCUCCUAAUCGACCUGUUAUAGUACAGAAAGGCAUUGACCAAACAGUGCCUGACUAUGACUACCCCAUGGAAGAUGUGUCUCUAGAUGCAUCCUUACCUAAUUAAUUUUCAGUAUUUAUGGAAUCUUCACAAAUGAAUACAUUGUAGAUUUAAGCUUUUCUUUUAGAAGAGAGAGAAAAAAAAUUUUUUACUCAGAUUUUUUUUUUUUUCCUUUUUUUUUUUUGACUCAUCUAGAUAACUGUCAGGGAUAUGUGUUGAAGUAAAAUUAUCCAAAGACAUCUUGUUAGUGAUGGUAUGUUUCAUCUUGUUAUGGUUGUUACAUCAUCAUGAGCAGCUAGUAACCUUACAUUGUAACUUCACAUUGUGUUAUUGUUGUUUGGGAAAUAUUAGGCUUGAAAAGUUUGUAAGUGUCUAUGAAAGUCUGUUGUUUUACAUCUGUGUAAUUGAGGUGGGUUGACCCAAUAUAAUAUGUAUGGUUUUAUAUCCCAUUUUAAUUAGUAAUAUUUAAAAACUUUUUUAAACUAAAGGCGUCUUACUUCAGGUUUUUAAAAUAUUUUUUCUAUUUCUUUUUUUUUAUUUUCUUUAUUGUGCUUCUCUUUUUCCUUGGUAAUAAGUGAGUCUGAAAAAGUAUACAGACUUUCAAAGUUAAAAAAAGAAAAGGUAAAAGAUUUUUCUUGAACAUUGGAGAGAAGCAAAAAAAAAUGUAAAUGAUAAGAUCAUUUUGUAAUGUCUUGAAAUAUCAAAAAUCUCAUUGCUGACAAAAAAAAGUAGGAUUUAAUUUUUUUUUUUUUUAUAUACUUUGUUUCAUCUUAUUUACAAUAAAUGAAAAUGUAAAAAAAAAAUAAAAUAAAAAAAAACAACCAAAAAAAAAUUUUCAAGGCAUUAAUUAGAAGAAAAAAAAGAAACAAAAAAAAUUUUUUUGAUUGUGGUAUUGUGGUGUUUUCUUUUUUCUAAAAAUGUUACGAAAUUGUAGUUGACAAUUUGUUCUUUCUAAAGUCCACCAUGUAAUGGAUUGACCAUGCUACAUGUGUUGCACUUGUUUGCACUAUAAAUGAACAAACCUUCACUUCCUACACAGCACAUGUUGUGUUCACACAAGAUGUCAACCAGGAUGACACUGUGAGCCUGAAUUCGCCAGAUAUAUUUGUGAACAGUGGACUUGUUUUUUUCCUAAUGGUGCAAGACCUUGUUAGGCGUAACAUGUUUGUUUUUAUUUUGCUUCUGGCUUAAUGCCUGGAUUGCUAGACCAAUAUAUAUAUAGACACGUGGAUUAAACAGAUGACUAGUGUACUGUAAGUUUAAUCCUCAAGGCUUAGCAUGUGGGACAGUGCCAAAGCACCUUACAUUCAGCUUAUAUGCAUUUAUGGAUAACCUUGUCUUUUGGCUGAGAUUGGCCUUAGUGCUUGAGAAAUGAACUUGUAUUGAUUUUGUUUGAUUCAAAACAGAUUUCCAUUUUAUAGCAUUGCUAUCAUGGCAGUUCCUUUAAGCAAUCAACUAUUUCUUAAUGACAUUUGUCGUAGCAAAAAAACAACAACAUUGUUACACAGAAAAAUGUUUCAUCGCAGCUUGAGGAGUCAUUAAGCAAAGAGAUAAUAUGUAUUUAUUGCAGUAAAGUGCCAUAGCAACUGUCAAGUUGCUGAUAUAUUUAUAUAUAUUUAUAUUGACAACUAAGUCAUGUGUGUGAUAAUAUCUGCCAUGUAACCUGCCAUAGAGUAUCUGUUUGGAAUUGAUUUGCAAAUAGACCAAAAGACUACCUGACUCAUUUGGGUUGUCUGGUGUAGCAGAGCAGUGGUAUAUAAUGUUGCAACCUGUAAUGGCAUGAGCAUAUCUUCUAAUGCUGGAAUGGUAAAUCUCAUGGUGAGGUGACUGUGAGGCUGACAAUGUCAUAUAUGAUAUUAGAUGAAUGAACUGGAAAUAAUGUCACAGUCUAUCCCCCCCCCCCCCUCCCCGCGAUCAAUUGAUAUUAGUCAGGUAUUGAUAAAUAUGUAAAUAAGCACCACGAGAGUCUCGGUGAGUGUACAGAAGCCUAUGAUCGGCACAAAUGAUGCUCCCGCUGUUUGAGACAAGAAUUGGUCAAAAGGCGUUGAACCAGCUUAGUGCACAACACAACUAUUUAGACUUAACUGUACUGUAACAAUUUUUUUUUUCUUUCAUAACUAUAUUAUCCUGUGUUUGUUUAUAUUAUGUAUUGUAAGCUAUACUAAUGAUACAUUUCUCUUCUGGGGAUGUUUCUAUCAAUAUUAAUUCAAUAAUGUUGUUAAUAUUAGUUCUUUUUUUAUACUACUACAUUUUGUUAACAUUUCUGUGAUUUUUUUUUUUUUUUUUUUUUUUUGAUGCUUUCUUUUGGUAUGUUUGAAUAGUUGUUUACAUACUUGUCCUAUUGUUUCAGAAGUUGCAAUCACUUUAACAAUUGAAAUCUAUACAGGUUUAAACGUUCACAUUUUUUUUUUUUCUACCAGGCGAUGUGAGAAUUUUAUAUAUCAUUGUUAUGGCAAUAAAACCUGGAUUAUUUACCCAUCUUUCUUUUCUUCCUUUCUCUUUUCUUUUUGUUUGUACAUGUGCACAUGAUAUCACUUUAUCUUUUUCACUUCCUCUUUUUUUUUUUUUUUUAAUUGUCUAUGAUUUAUUGUUUUAAGAAGUCUGUACAUGACAUGAAGAGAUAAACCUGACUAAAAUACUGCUUUUGUUAAUUGUUUUUUUGUUUUUUUUAAUCUCAUGUCCUUUAUGUUAUUUUUUAACAUUAACAUUUUUAUGUCUGUGAUACAAUUUCGUUUUGGAACCUCACCAUCUCCUUGUUUUGGAAUACAAUACAUAGAAACUUUUGAAAUUGGUGAUCAAAAUUUUGAUUGGGCUAUUGGAUCUUGUUAGAACCUGAAAAAACAAUAGUACACAUUUUCACUCAUUAACAUAUUUUGUUGAAGGUUUUGUAGUGUGAUUAAUUUUUGGGUUGGAAUAUAUACGGUAUAUACAUUCAGAAAAUAAUCUUCUUAGAAUUUACAAAUUGGUUACGUUUACUUCUUUUUUUUUUUUUUGUUGAGGUUUCAAAAUCUAACAUGAAGCAAAACAUGUGUACUGUACUUAAACCAUUGUCUGUUGUCCAAUAGUGUUUUUUUUGUUUUGGUACUUUCUCAUCCAAACACUAUAGUUAGUUGCUGUUUGUCUAUUGUUUUUGUGUUUCCUUUAUGGUAGCUAUUGUGUCAACCCUGUCCCACUGUUACUCUAGAAUAUCUAAUGCUGUCUAAGCAAUGGUUGAUCUAGCUGUUGCAAGAAGGCUCCUUACAUUUGAAAGCAAGAUCUGCAGCAAUCAGCCUGCAAUGAGCAUGUGAUCUUCAUGAACUGAUAAUCAGAUGUUAUGUUUCAAGAGAGAAAGCUGUGUUUGUGCUCCUUAUAUUUCAAAGUUGGCAACAGUGACCCUAACCAGAUGGCCAUAUGUUUUUUUUUUUAACUUAUUUAUUUAUUAUUGAUUUGUAAUAUGAUUUUUUAUUAUUAUUGUUAUAAUUAUUUUUUGUGUCUGUGUCAAUGAUAUUUUAUAUUCCAAUGUCAAGACAUUCAGUCUGAUGUCUGCUAAUAAAUAUCUUAGUCAAAUCAAGA